CCCCUUCUCUCAAGCUCCCUGGCCGGCUGGAGAAAAGGGCGGGGUUAGAGGACCAGCUUAAACAGCCGAACGGGCGGUAACGGCCUCUUCCACGUGAUCCCGGAGAGCCCGCGAGGGGCCAAUAGGAGUGCGCAGAGCUCUCAGGCGGCCGGAAGCACAUUUGUGAAUGACAUUACAGAUGCGCAUGAAGUAAUGAAAAAUAUUCCCCAGUAGAUGCAUUGAAAAGUUUCUUUUCCAUCCCUCUCUUGGAGUAGGAGAGAAAAAGGGAGGCCUUUCUUAAGAUAAAGAUCAUCAGCAAUCCCGAGCCUGUUCUUGUUCAUGGGAAUUGGUCACUUGGUUUCUGAAUGCAGUCCGACCCUGCAAAGUAUGAAGCAGAGAUGCCUUCCCUGUUAUGGGGGUUGGAUCCUGUCUUUUCUGCAUUUGCAAGACUCUACAUUAAGGAUAUAAAGGAAAUGAAAGAAUCUAAGCAGGUUCCAGGUAUAUUCUUUUAUAAUGGGCAUCCAAUAAGACAGGUGGAUGUGGUUGGGACAGUGGUUCUAACAAAAGAACGAGAUGCCUUCUAUAACUAUGGAGUGGAUGACGGUACUGGGGUCAUAAACUGCAUCUGCUGGAAAAAUCCCAGGGAAGCAGAAUGGUCUUUGCCAGGACUAGACACAUCUUGCAGCAGUGAUCUUGCUGAACAGAUGAAGAAGCUCCAGGAAGAGGUGCUCCAGAAAACCAAACUGGAAAUUGGGGAUGUUGUCUGGGUCCGAGGUCAUAUCCGAAUCUACAGAGAGCAGCGAGAAAUUCAAGCCUCCACCUAUUAUAAAGUGGAUGAUCCUAUGUGUGAGGUUCAGAUUUCAAGGAUGUUGGAGCUCCCAUGCCUCUAUAGAGAAGUUUAUGAUAAGCCUUUCAAAAUCCCGGAGGAGGCACCGAGUGCCCCAGGUGGUCUGAACCUUAGGAGCUCAAUUGACUUGCUGAGCGAGAAAGUUAAAGACUUCUUAUUGGAGAACAGAAUUCAGACCUUUUACCAACAGGAGCUGGAAACAGUCAACAAUUUGGUGUCACUGGCCAGUCAGCCUGUGUCCAGGACUGACUCUCAGCUGAUGGAUUCAAAAAGUGAACCCAGCUCCAAACUGAUUCACCGUGCAUUCAAGGAAGCGAUAAAGGUGCUGCAGGAAAAAGGAGUGGUUUUCCAGAAAUCAAAUAGCCCCAAGGAUGUAUAUCAUGUGACUGACCAGGAUAAGGAGUUACACAACGUGACCCUUGGUGUUGUCAAAGCAGAUUGUCGAAAAUCCAGGCCCAAAAACCUGGUGCAGGGCAGGCCUAGAGUUCUCUUGAGCAUGGGAGCUGGUGACAAUGCGAAGCAGGGAGAAAGUGCCACAAUUCUGAAAUGAGCAGCCACUGUGAAUGCUGGAGACUUGGAUCUGAAUCCAGUGGAGGAUUUAGGUUUCAGAAGGAACAUAGUCAAAUGGGGCUAGGUCAGCCCCUAGUGGUUGGUAGCUUUACACUGCUGAAUAAAUAGGCAAACCUUGUCAGCUGUGUCAGUACAGGAGAUGUCACAAAAGGGGUAGUACGGACUGAGCUGCCUUUUCUAAGGAGUAGAUUUUAGGAAAUCUUUAGGUGAAAUUGAUCCCUAUGCCAUGGGCCCCUGCCCCAUUUAAGACCAUAGGGUGAAAUCCUUACUCCACUGAAGACAAUGGAAAAACUUCUUUUGACUGCAGUGGAGCCAGGAUUUCAUCCACAGACCAUAGGCUUUAAGUGAUGGAUAGACUAUGUGUGGUCCCUGUGCAUAGGGGUCAAUUUCACCCUAAUUAAAUCAAUUUCUUAGCAGACCAUGUGCCUGUAAAAUUGCCCCUUUCUCCCAAAUCCAGUGUGUCAAUGCCAUGGCAAUGACUUGUUUGGUUGAGGUACCUGUCCUAAUGAUAAAUGUGCAUUUGCUGUAGUGCGCUUUUUUUUUUCUUUCCACUCUCUCUCAUUCCAAAACCCUUGGCAGAAUGUGACACCUGGGGAUCACUCACUCAUCGCUGAAAUGCAGCCACUUCUGGGCACAGUAUAUAACAGCAUGGUAUAAACUGCUCAAACACUGUUUGUAGUGUUGUUGUAGACAGGUUGGUCCCAGCAUAUGAGAGGGACAAGCUAGGUGAGGUAAUAUCUUUUAUUGGACCAACUUCUGCUUGGUGGAAGGUACAAGCUUUCGAGCUACACAGAGCUCUUCUCACCCCUACCUUGUCUAGCUAGAACAUGUCAGCUAUUCUGUGCCAGCGGCACUAAACUAGCUUUUCCAGGAGGGAAUGAGAAGAAUAAUUGCUCCAGUCAUUCAACUGGGGUAACUUGGCAUGUCUGAAUAUAGUUGCCUGAUGUACCUGGACACGAACAUUAGUGCUGCGAGUAGCCUAUCUCUGCUGAUGCCUACAGGAAAUCUGCCAACUAAGGAUGACUAGACAGAGGGACAAUUGAAAUAGCUGAUGUUUUUAUUUUAAAAAAAGACUUCCAAAUGAGUUGGAACCAUCCAGCUGUGCAUGUACUGUAGUUCCACUGGCUAGCUACCUUGUACAGUCCACCUCCUACCCUCACUUCUCGGGUCUUGCCUUAAAUUUGAAUGUAAACUUUUGAAGGCAAGAGCUCUCUUCCGUGGUGGGUGGGUGGAUGGGUGUGUGUGUACUGCACCUAGCAUACUGGAGCCCCAAUCCUGAUAUGAGACUUUGGGUGCUACUGGAAUUCAUUGAACAUGUCUCUCAGAAUUAUUAAAUAUCCCAGAAAUUGUUAGGGGCUCUGUUUUCAUCUCAUCCAGAAGACGGCCCCUUUGGCAACAUAGUGCUCCUACUGGUAUCUUGGAGCAUUUGGUUUGGUAUCUAUUACUCAGCACCUGCUCCCCUCUCCAUUACUGCACUACUAUCUGAGUGCCUCACAGCACCCCGGUGAGGCUAGGAGGUAUUCUGCCCCAUUGAACAGACAGGGAACCGAGGCACAGCGAGUUUAAGUGACUUGGUCAGAAUCACAGAGUCUGUGGAAGAGUCAGGAUCUCCUAAGUCUCGUUCCAGUGCCUUAACCACAACGCCAUCCUUUCUCUCCUGCAUCCAAGGAAGGAGUAACAACUAGUGCAAUAUCAACUCUGCUUCGUGAAGAACCUGAGUUUUCCUGGCAGGUCACUCAUCUGCAUACUGACCAGGCUUGAUUCUGCUUAGUUUCAGAUUUGAUGAAAUUACAGCUGCAGGAUGCUUGUCUCCUGGAUUUGAGAAGGAACAAAUACGUCCGCUUAAUCUGAUCAGUGGCUAAUUUGAUUGAUUUUUUUUUUUGACUCAGAAUCGUGGAAAUUAUUUUGUAUUGCAAAGGACACAAUUUCAGGUCUGUUUUCUAUCACUCUGUUGGCUUUCUGUAGGAUUGUUUGUGUAAUAUGGUCACUGAAAAUAUAGAAUUGUCAUGCAAUCAACUGGAAAGGCUGAAGUUCUCUUGGAGAUCAAAGCAAAAAUAGCCUGUGGCCACAAAAAAUGGAUAAAAUAAUGUGGUCAAUGUUGUUGACUUUAAAGGCGGUUCUGGGCACUAUGCUGGCUCUCAUAUGCCCUCUGGUGGUUUGGGUAACCAAACAAACCACUUGGAACUGAGGAAACCUACUUUGAGGUGAGAUAAUUGAAAGGCACUAACUCAGCAACUCUUACUAGUUGAAAGAAAUUCCCACAGCUUCUUUCAAGAAGGGAAAUCUUUGUCUGUCCAGUCUUCGGUAGCUAAUUACAGCUAUCUUUCUGCUAACUCUUAAGAUGAACUAUGUCAGACAGCCAGUUUGUAAAUAUGAUGUGGGUUAUUGCUCUAUAAGCCAACAUCCUGGAAUGAAUAAACUCUUAUACUAUAUGAGUCCUAGCAUAUGAUUAAAUGAGGUUCCCGUAAAACUAUUCUAUAAUACACUUAAAAGACAGUCCUGGUCCAGAACAAGUGCAGUCGCAAACGACCAAGUUCACAACAAACACCCUUUGAGAGGCCAGCUUGGGACUGACAGCAUGGUCUAAAGGCAGCUAGAAUUGUCAUUAGAAUUUGUCUCCAGAAGGCAUGACAAAACAGAGGGCUUCUAAGACAGCUUCUUCUCUAGGUUGAAAUCAGGACCAGGGAGGGCUCUGUUUUAUCACCCGUGUUGCCUAAUAUCUACAUGAAACUACCUGGGGUAUCCCUGUAUCAGUUGUUGAUGAUAGGCAGAUGACUGCAAGCUCUAUACCUCGCUCAUCUCUGCCAAUGAUAGUACUGUUGUCUGCUUAUCUCAGAGCCUGGCUGAGAUCAUCGUGUGGAUGGAAGUCAGAAGGAGGAGGGUAACCUUAUGAAGAUCAUUUCAGCAUCUCCCACUAGAGGGGGAAUCUGCCCUCAGAUGGUCAGGAGUGAUUCUGGGCUGUUCAAUGCUUCUGCACACACAAGGACCAAUGGCAGCCAAAAAUGUCACCUUCCCUCUGCCUACUGUUGGAUGAUGAGCUGGGUCAUACCUUCAUGACUUAGACUGGGCCAUUGUAGCAUGUUGUAUUUGGGAAUGAGUGCUCUGGCCUUCUUAAAACAAACCUCCAACUGAUCCAAAGUGCAGUCACCCAUCUUUAGGUCUUUAGCAACACUAGCUACCAAGAGCACAUUAUCCCAGUAUUCCAUGUACUGCACUCAUAGAAUGUUUGCUCCAUUUUAAGAAACCAGUUAAGACUCUCCAUGCAUUGGGUAAGAGGUGCUCUUUUAUGCCAAUCUUAUCUUGCACAGCAACUAUGCAACUUCCAGUCUCUCAGAUCACACUUGUGAGAGUAGGGAAUUGAGCUUUCUCAGCAGGUGGCUCAAAACCUAUAUGGUACUUCCUUAUAGAGGUGGAAAGAACAGUCACAGACCUCACAGCUUUCUUAACUACGUGCUAUCUUCCCAAUACUCUAACCCACUCUUUUCUGCGACAGCUGAGAUAGCAACCUCACUCUGAUGCAUACCUGUGUGUGUGCGCACAAUCCCUUAAUGCUUAUUUCCACUGAUAUCCCCAGGAAGAGGGAGAAAUCUGUUCCACUUGUUGGACUCUUUCUUUCUUCAGUUCAGUUUUUGGGAGGUGCUGUGAUCCUGCAGCACUAGAUAAUGAAAUGGGGUGGGGAAAGUGUUCCACAUGUGGGUAGAAGAGCUCAUGCUUCAUGGAUCCACCAGCCAAAUCCCCAUUCCAUGGGUAGGAUGCAGCAGCCACAGACACUACUGCAGCCCAUAAGCAGUUGCACUGCUACUCUGCACUUGGGAAGGGGGGACUCUUCUCCUGCCAUUGUUCUGUGUACCAGGUGAGCAAAGCCCACUUACUCUGGCUUUACCCAGGCUGAAUGCAGGGGAAGGCUUUUGCCGUAAGGCAGCACAACAAAUGUCACUUCCUAUGUUAUUCAGAAGUUAGGGGCAUCUUUAUAGUUUAGGAAUUAUUUUGUGGAAGUCCCAUGGCCUGUGUUGUACAGGAGGUCAGACUAGAUGACAGUGAUUCUUUCUGGUCUUGGAAUCUAUGAACUGUUGUAAGAGAAGCCCAGAAUUUGUAACUUUGUAGGUAAAAAGCCUUUCAGUUCACUCCUCUUUAUGAAAUGUAAAAGUCACUGAAACCCAAGAUCACAAAAAUCUGUGACCUAUUCGGGCAAUUGCCUGAGGAGUCUGUAAAAUGUAGAAUUAUUCGUUUGUUUUGUUGGUGUAUAAAAUAGGUGUAAUGCAACACCUUGGCCACAAGAUGUCAGCAUUGGGUAAACAUUCACUACUGGCUGGGCAUAUGAGUUUAUCUAAAUGGCUGGGUUUAGAGCUUUAAAACUCAGACCAGUCAAAUGUGGACAAGAAUUUCCACUGGGUCUCUUCUGUGUGAGCGGCAGACUGAGGGGCUGAAUAGCUUGAAAGACUGUAGAUGGAGAUUUACAACUCAAAGAGUGGUGUCCCAAACUCAUUACCAUUGUUCAGGUUGUGCCUGCGUGUAUUUGAGCUCCUUGCCUUCUCUGGCAGUCUUGUCUAACCGAUAACACGUUUUCAUGAUUAUUUUUUUAGCCCUAACACUGGCACUUCUCAGUGAACUUAAUGGGAGCAUUAGCCAAUGUCAGGACUGCAAACUCAGCCCCCUAGUCCCCUUCCUUCCAAAGUCCAUGACCUCUGCUCUAACCCCUGUGCCCUCCUCUUGUCUAACAGCAUUUGUGUGUAUGUGACUGAUCUGUAUCUGUGAUAGUUGAUAUGAGGCAACUGGAAACCUGUGCUCGUCUUUUCCACCCUUGCUGCAUUUUACCUU